AUGGAAGACUUAUAUUAUGAGGACUGUGGAAAACCUUGGAUAAAAACACGAAUCGUGGGUGGUGUAAAUGCAGUUCAUGGUGAGUGGCCCUGGCAAGUGAAUCUUCGUCGACCUGGAGGUGAUUUUAUCUGUGGAGGAGUCCUCAUCAGCAGCAAAUGGGUUGUGACUGCCGCUCACUGUGUCAGUGUUAGAAUCUAUGAUUUUUUAAUCGUUACUCUUGGGGACCAUGAUCUGGAUGUGGCAGAUUCUGAGGAAACGUCGAUAGCCGUUAAACGUAUCAUCAGUUACCCCAGUUUUGACAGUACACAAAAGGCCCAUGACAUCAGUCUUUUGGAGCUUGAAAAGGAGGUGCCCGCAAGCAGAUUCAUCAUCCCGGUUUGCCUGCCCACAGCUAGUGUGAUGUUCCCAGAAGACCUGUGUUGUUGGGUGACCGGCUGGGGUCAGAUCGGUGAAGGCAGUGAGUAUUUAUAUGCACUUACACUCUCCAAUGGCCCAUUAGAUUCCUCCACCUUUCCACGAUGCUCAUUAUUUAUCAUAUAUAUAUACAUACAAUAUAAAUGCAAAUGUUCUAAAUGUCAAAAUGUAUUAACCAUCCACCUUCCACUCACAGUUAACCUGCCAAGACCUAAGAUUCUGAGAAAAGUGCAUGUCAAAUUGAUAAGUAAUGAGAAGUGCAACGGUUUUAGGCAAAUCCCUGAUUUUCAUGGCUUUAUAUUGGAAACAGUUGAGGAUGACAUGAUAUGCGCGGGAUAUGCUGAAGGGGGAAAAGAUGCCUGCAAUGGUGAUUCUGGGGGGCCCUUGGUUUGUAAAAAGGACGACCGCUGGCUCUUGGCUGGAGUGGUGAGCAAGGGAUCUGGGUGUGGAAAGAAAAACCGGAACAAAGUCUACACCCGUCUCACUUCCUAUGUGAACUGGAUUCUGGAAAAUGCUCCAGAAGCUGCUAAGAACGUGCUUGGUGUGGAAUUCCAAUCUCCACCUAUGGGGCAAUGCGUUAGUUAGAGACCAAUAGCCUGACUUAUUUAAAGGGAUACUGUCAUGGGAAAUUUAGUUAUAGUGCUGCUCCAGCAGAAUCCUGCAC